UAACGCCUUUCAAUUAUGGGUCUUGAUGUUGGCCUUAACCACUGAUUCUGCAUGCAGCAGGACAGCGCGCUUCCUGUUUUUUGUGGGUUGUACGUUUCAUUUUCAGAAUAAUGAAGCUGGGAAUUUCCCCGUGCUGCAUAGCCAAUACUGUUACAUUAACAGGAACCAAAACAUAAGCACUGCUCUUCGGUUUAUUCAGAAAAACUUCUGAAAAGGCUUUUGCUUAGGACUCUUUUAACCUUAUUGAAUAGCUGUUGGAUGCUGUGCAGUUUUACUGAAGGUUGAAUGUUCACUGAAGUAUUUCUGACAGGUUACAGUCUCGGGAGAUGGCAUUGACAAUGGAAAGAGCAUUUUUUGAGCUUUACCAACAAUUCAAAGUGUUGCAAGCUGUAUGUUCACGACAAGCAGAACUUCUUCAAAGAUUGCUUUCAAAAGAUGCUCAUAUUGCUGAGAAGCCCAUGUCAAAACCAGUUCAAUGCUCUGAUGCUGAAGACCCCAUAUGUUCAAAAAGUCCUUUUUUUCGGCCGACAGGUAUGGAAGCUCUAUCAAUAGAAACGGCAAAAAACAUGACUGAAGAGCUGUAUCAGCCAUUGGAAACCAAAGACAAAUCAACCAUCUCAUUUGAUUGUGAUGUACAGUUCCCUACAAACAAAGACCAGUACCCCUUUCUAGCUAGUCAGGGUGACAAAUCAGGGCUUGCCACAUAUAUGUCAAAUACAGAUGUCAGCCUGGAUGAAACAGAGAUGAAUGGCAACUUUGCACUGUUCAUCAAAACAUAUGCACCAACAUUUCCCAAGGCGUCUGGUACUGGAGACAAAUCCAUCCCUGCAAUGUCUGAGAUGAACUUUUUACCAAUGGAUUCAAAUCCUAUUCUUAAUAUAGAUGAAGAAAUGUGUUUUUUGCAAUCAAAAGAACUAUCAAAGGGAAUCAUUCUGGAGCCACAAAUCAACAAUUUCAGUCAAAUAAAAGGCCCAGCCCAGUCCUCAUGGCACCCAGAUUGUCUAUCAGAAGAAUGUCACCUCAACCAUCAUGAUGACAAUACCUCAGACGUGGGCCUCAGCUCUCAGAUAUGUGAAUUCUGCCAGGCAGUGUUCCCGGCUGGAGCGGCAACUGAAGGAGAAUAUCUGCAGCACAUCACUGGACACGUAGAAUGACCUUCAUCACUGUGUGAUAUUUAUUGACCGAUUUCAGUGUUUACAUAUAGCAGUUUUAUGGGAUUAAACUGCCUUGUAUAUAAUUAUGGUCAGCUGUCAUUUCUCAGAGAAUCAGGUCCAGUCAAUACAUUUACCACCCCACAGUUGCCUGUAUACAAAAGUUCGGGAAUGAUUAUGUCAUCAUUGACCUAAUAUGGCUACAUGACCAUAUUGGGUCAUGACAAUGACCUAAUAUGACCCUAUUAGGUCAAUGAUUUCAUGACCUUUCCUGCCAUUUUGUGCAUGCGCAGUUGUGGGGCAGGGCUUCCCCUGCCUACUGCACAUGCCUGGCUUGGCACUGACAGCUGACUUUCAAGUUCAGCUGAACAUGGCAAAAAGAAUUCCGUCAA